AUGAGGCUCCUGCUGCUCGCCUUGAUGAUGCUGCCAGGCUGCUGGGCGGUGAAGGGACCUGGCACUGUGUGGGGAUUCCUGGGAGGGUCCCUCUCGGUGAACUGUACGUACCAACCCGGCCACGAGAUGAAGCCAAAAUUCUGGUGCAAGCCGGCAUUUGUUUAUACCUGUGCUGUUGACAUCAUCAUCACCUCGGAGCAGCGUCCCAUGGUGUGGUGGGACCGAUUCUCCAUCCGGGACAACCGUAUAGAGCGGGUGUUCAUGGUCACCAUGAAGGGCCUGACCAAGGAGGACGCGGGCACCUACCGCUGCGGGGUGCGAACAGGCAUAACCAGUCGUGAUGACAGUGACACUGUGAACGUGAUCUUGUCGCCAGCAUCACCCUACACCCUGACCACUGAGCACCCCGAUCUCACUAGCUCUGUAUCAGCCCCCACACAGACAACUCCCCAGGGGGAAGCCGUGCAACCAGGAUCAAAUCCCUCCCACCACGAAGGCUCCAGCCCUCCACACUUGAACGUGAUUGAGCACAUCCUCACUCCAGGCAUCGUAGUAGUUCUUCUUUUGCUUGCAGUUGCUGCUGGUGUUUUGGUAAUGCUGUCCAGGAAGAGCAAGAAGGCCCUCUCCAGAGCCGCUAUAGAGAUGGACAGAACUCGCAGCGCAUCACAUACAGGAGCGGAUGCCUUGAACUACGCAGACAUUAACCACGGUGCGGGCACAGCCGAGAGCCAGUUGUACAGCAAUGCCAAGGCUUUCCGCUGCUUGGCAAACACCAUGACCGAAUACGCAGAGGUCAAGCAGAGCAAUAAGCGUUUGGAAGAGGAAAAAGAGGCUAUAUAUGCCAGCGUGCGGAAUUCCCUGCUGGAGCGGCAGGAGAUCUACGCCAACAUGCCGUCAGCCCCACAGCCCAGAGUAGAGCCCUACAGCGCAGCGCAGAGGGUGUGA